GUUCCCUCACGGGGCUGGCGGGGAGGACUGCCAUGGGCCGUUCCCGCCGAGGUUCUGAGGGUGGCGGGGGUGAAGCGCCUGUGAUGGGGAUCGACGUCGUCCCAAGGCGGUCGCCGCCGCCGCAGGGCCUCUCCCCGCUGCAGCGCCCGCUCUGCCCCGGGGGGGAGCCGCGCCCUCGCUGCGGUACCGGCAUCCGCCUCGGCUCGCCUCGGCCACCUUCGGGCCUCGUCGGUGAAGCUGCCCGCACUGGCAACGCUCUCCAGUCUCGUGAGGCAAUGGAGCGGGUGCCGCUUGGUGCAUGCUGGCGUGCCAUCACGCAGUAGCGGACAGGACGCGUUUGUAGGCUGUGGUGUCAACUCGGAGGCUGGAUCCAUCCAGCAGACCAGCAGCUAGGAGAGACCUGUUCUGUGGGAAGGGGGAAGGACAGAUUUGCUGUGCUCGCAGCAGCUUCUAUGAAAUGUCUACAGCAUGCCUUGGAUACAUGCUCCUAAUCAGCUUACAAGCUUUCCUUGACCUACGCUUCUCUUCCUAAUGCUGAUCUGACUAUGGCUGUCCUCAAAGUAAAAUUCACCAAAACAAAGAGGGACAAACUGGCUCAGAUCUUAUGGAUCCUCAACUGGGUUUCUGUAGUGAGCGGGAUCAUUCUCUUCAGUCUUGGCCUCCUUCUGAAAAUAGAGAUCAAGAAGCGCAACGAAGUGAUGGCAAAAGGGGACAUUAACUCUGUCCCCAACGUGCUGAUCUCUGUAGGAGUCAUAGCAUGUAUCAUCAACUUUCUGGGUGGCAAAAUUUGCUAUGACUGCUCAGAUGUCAACAAGUUCUCUCGAUGGAAACUAGUUAUGCUCCCAUACAUCGUGUGUACCUUCUGUUUUACCUUCUGCAUCCUGGUGGGUGCCCUCAUGUGCUACACCAUGAGGAAUGAGCUGGAAGAGUCUCUCUAUCUGGGAUUGAGGGAUGCUAUUAAGUUCUAUAAGGACACCGACAUACCUGGACGAUGUUUCUUAAAGAAAACAGUGGAUAUGUUACAAAUUGGAUUCCAAUGCUGCGGCAACAAUGGCUUUAGAGACUGGUUUAAAAUUCAGUGGGUAUCUGCUCGUUAUCUGAAUAUGGCUUCCAAGGAAGUUCUCGACCGUCUAAAGAGCAACGUUGAUGGCAAGUUCUUGGUGGAUGGGGUACCCUUCAGCUGCUGCAACCCAAGCUCCCCGCGGCCCUGUAUACAGUACCAGCUGACAAACAACAGCGCUCACUACAACUAUGAUUUUCUGACAGAGGAGCUCAAUAUCUGGGUGAAGGGGUGCAGAGAGGCUCUGCUGGAUUACUACACAGCUAUUAUGAGAUACAUUGGUAUUGCAGCAUUGCUUAUUUGGUUGUUUGAGCUCUCCGUGCUUAUUGGUGUCCGGUACCUACAAACAGCAAUGAAGAAUGUCCUUCUGGUAGGAGAUCUGGAGAGUGAGUCAGAUGGCUGGUUACUAGAAAACAGUUUUGUUGAAACCGCCAAAUACAGUGUCAGUAUCAUUAAGAACCUCAGCAAAGCCAAUCAGAUCUCCACUGUCUCAGGCAUGAACGACCCCAACAUUGACAUUCAAAACACCAACUGCGGCAAAACUAAUGUUACAACAAAAUCCAUCCCAGCAGCUAGCUAGGUAAGUCUUCAAAGAAAUGACAUCACAAGUAUAGCUUUGACAUAUUACAGUCAUACAGUUACCAGAUUUUUCACUGGUGGCGAAAUAAAAAAAAAAGGCAGGAAAACUAAUGAGACAAUUGAACAAACCACAGACUGGUGACAGCUCCAAAAAUGCCGAUACCUCUUUGGCUGGAUGUAUUUUUACACAGUCUUGUGAAAUCCCUGGUUUUCAACACUGCACAAAACAAACUUUUGGAAAUUUCCCCCUUGCUUACAUACUUCUGUCAUGGCUGAAUAGGUCAGAAUAAUCAUUAUGCAUCAGCAAACAUUCCAGAUAGGAUGGGUCUACAUCUACUAACAUACAGGCUGGUCUACUACAUACCAACAAAGCUUGUCAUUACUGUCAUUAUGUCUAUAGAAAUCCCAGUAGCAGGAACAUCCCAAAGGAGUUAUUACACUGAAUAAAAAGAUUCUUUAAAGAAAAGACAAAAACUGUGAAAUGAAAACUCUGUUAGUCCAAGUUAGGAUAGGGGAAAUUUUAGCCCAACUGUACUUAUAUUGCACCUCUUCUAAAAGAACCCACUAGCUAGGCGGAAUUGAGUUGAAGGCAAUGAAAGUUAGCAUAACGUAGUUAACUACUUUUUUCCCCCCAAAAAUGGUCUGAAGUAUCCCUUCAUUUUUCCUCCUCCAUAUUUUAGAGAAAGUCAGCUGCCAGAUCUCCCUGAAAAUCAAUGGGUACUGCUGAAAGGAGUUAUCUGCUCGAGAAGCUGCCUGGCAGCUCAUGCCGGGAUAUUUGAAAUUCCAAGUAGCAUGUGAUAGCACAAGUUUAAAAACAAGCAAAUACUUCCCAUAAAACAAAUACUGAUCAUCCUAGAUGUUUAAAAGCUCCCAAUUUCAAAAGUACUUACAUGGAUCCGGGGGCUGGAAGAUAAGGGAUUGUUUGGAACCAAUGAAGGUGAAGUUGGACUGACAGAUCUCCCAUCCAUUCCCAGCACAGUGCUCAGGAACUCUGUCAAUGCAUGGAGCGAAAGCCUUCUACACCUGAGACACGUGUAGUUACAGGACGCCCUAUGACUAAUCCACCAUUAAUAGCAAGCAGGAAAAACAUACUGAUACAGAAUAGAGGACAAAAGACCAAAUAAAAUACUUGUUACUGUUGUGAAUAAUACAUUGUUUGAAUAUAAAAUUGGACAGCUUGUGCAUUCUUUGUGUAUAAUCAGUAAAAGUUGUUGUAUCACUGGGAUAUUCAAAGCCGAACUAUUCCUGUUUUUGCAGUUGUGCAAAAGUAACAGUAAAAACUCCUUUACCUGUCUAAACAAUGUUGUUUUCUAUAACACUAGAAUAAGCAGGAAUUAUACUGUUAGAAUUUAUUGUAAAUAAAGUGUGUGAUGUAAAAAUCUGCAUUGUAAUUCAAGCAGGCUCUGUGCACGAUCAUAAUUUCAAAUGCAAUUGUUUCACUGCUUAAAAUUUUAGGCCUAUACUGAAGUAUGUUAAAAACAAAGAUGGACAGACAGGGUCUGUCUGCAAUAGCAGCCUGUAGCAGGUGUUUUGGAAAAGGCACAUAAGAGGCAACACCAUUAGAAAACAGUUCUUUCUCUAACAAAGCCUCCUAACUUCCACGAAACAGCAGUUUGGCACUUGGUAUGACAAAGAGGGUACGUGUAUCACUGUGGUUUAAUAAAUCUCAACGGGUAUUUUUUGCUAUGAAUUUGCAUAGUGUUUGUUUAAACCCAUUAAUGUUUUUGAUAUCCAAAACACGUCAAUGAGCUUCAGAUUUUAAUUUCUUACAAUUCAAUUCUGCUUCUCCUUGUUGGCUCCCUGACAACUUAAUCGGGUAUCCCCUAAAUUCUUGCUCUAAGAUGUAGCUGAUGGUCAUUCCUUAUUUAUUUCCUCCAUGUAAUUCUCAAUUUUACAGUCUUUUAUUAUAAUAUCGCUCUUGGUCCUAUCUUUCCACGUUGAAGAAGUUGCUACUUAACCUUUUCUUCUAUGGAAGUUGUUUCACACCUUUGAUAAUUUUCAUCACUCUUCGCCAUUAUUUUUAAAUGAACACCACCGUGUAGAGCUGAAGAAAUCACGAACUAUAUAGGUCUUCUGCCAUUUUCCUAAGAAUUUCUAUCCCUGCUUGCCCUUUUGACCAUUUCUGAUCAUUGAUAUAAUUUUUAUCACAGAACUAUUCAUAAAAAUACUAAGCAAAUAUUUCGUAUUAAUAUAUCUGGGGGUGCUGGUCAACGUCAGGCGCAGUAUGAGCCAGCAGUGUGCCCUGGCAGCCAAGAGGGCAAACCGCAUCCUGGGGGGCAUCAAGCACAGAAUCACCAGCUGGUCAAAAGACGUGGUUAUCCUGCUGUGUUCAGCGUUGGUACAGCCUCACCUGGAGCACUGUGAGCGGUUCUGGGCCCCACAACUUGAGAAGGCUGUGAAGGUCCUUGAAUGUGUCCGGAGGACGGCAACAAAGGUGGUGAAAGGGCUGGAAGGACCGUCCUGUGAGGAGCGGCUGGGGACUCUGCGUUUGUCUGGUUUGGAGAAAAGGAGCCCGAGGGCAACCUCAUCGCUCUCUGCAGCUUCCUGAGGAGGGGACGUGGAGAGGCGGGCGCUGAUCUCUUCUCCCCGGUAUCCAGCGAUAGGACACGUGGGAACGGUGCAAAGCUGCGCCAGGGGAGGUUUAGGCUGGACAUGAAGAAACAUUUCUUUACUGAGAGGGUGAUCAAACACUGAAACAGGCUGCCCAGAGAGGUGGUUGACGUCCCAAACCUGUCAGUGUUUAAGAGGAAUUUGGACAAUGCCCUUAAUGACAUGCUUUAACUUGGUCAGCCCUGAAGUGUUCAGAUGAUCAUUGCUGGUCCCUUUCAGCUGAAACAGUCCCCUUCUACUCUGUUCUAUUGCAAGAUCUUAGAUUUGCAUAGCAAUGUUAAUUUUCAUUUACCAAAACUGAAUCUUCUGUUAUUAUGCAGACACUAAGUUUCAUAACAGCCUCCUGAAAACAUUAAGAAUAAGCUUUUUUAUGGAAUAUCUUUGUAUCAUUAGCAGAAUUUGCCACUUUAUAAUUCCCUUUUCCAGAUCACUUCUGAAAAUGCUGAAAAAAACCCCCAUGCAGAUUUCUGUGGAUCUCAGUUGUUAAGCUUCUUUCAUUGUGAAAAUACACCAUUUAUACUUUGUUGCUGAAACAGAUCUUCCUUUUUAUCUCGUAACAGCUUCUUCUAAUUCUAUGAGUUUGUUGGAGGACACUAUUCAAAGUCUUUUGAAAUCUACAUUAUUACCGACUGGCUCAGCAUCCUCACCACAUUCGUUAACUCCAAAGAAUUAGAUCUUCAAGCUGAGACCUCCCUUUACAAGAACUACAUUAACUCUUCCCUUUGCACUGGAUUUACCUACGUGCCUACUUCUAUUCUUCAUUCCCAUCACUUUCCCCAGUGUGGAAUUAAACUUAACUGGUGCAUAAAUCCUUCAAUCAUUUCUGAAAGCCAAAAAUAUUACUUCUGCAUCACAGUCUGUAGUGGUGGUUUUUUGGCAGAACACUGAGCGCAGUGUCCUGAGCCUUACCAGCAGCACUAAAAUUAGCUGAUACAUACCGGAAAAGAAUGAACACAGAAAGUUGUAGUACCUUGAGAGAUCAAGGAGAAAGACAGUCAUGUACUGGAAAUUAGUCAGACUUCACAGCAGAAUAUAAUUUUUUUUAAUGCUUUUUUUUUCAGGUGAGUAUGCAAAGUGCCACAUGCUUCAGUCAGUAGCAAUUACUUCCGAGGCACAAUUUAGUCCAUCUACAUUUGGAAACACGGUUCUAGAUUGCUCAGAUACCAAAAAGUAAUCAGAAAUAACCCAGAGCAAACCAGAAAUUAUUUCCGUAUAUUUCUUUCAUUAGUAAAAAUUGAAUCAAGAGGACUAAGAAUACACAAAUUUUUAUAAUUAAAAUGUUAAAACAAAAAGUGAUGAAUGGUUCAAUGUGGUGAAAAUGGUUGUAAAACAGGAAUUAAGAGCAUAAUCAAAAAAAAGAAAAAAGGAAAUCUUAGUCUGUAUUUUCAGAAAUAUUUCCUAAUGGCAAAACACAUUUAACUGUUUUGCAUCAUUUAGAAAUGUCUCUAGGUCAACUCUUUAGCUUGCAGAAUUAUAAGAGCUGUGAGCUUACUCUUUUGAUAACUCUCUAGUUCAGGUGUGAUGGAUUUGCCAAGAAAAAUAGAUUUGGAAGGAAAAGUGGACUAAAAUGAUCAUCCAGCCUGAGCACCUCUGUGAAGACACAGACAUUUCACGCAGUACUUGCUGCGACACAUGAAGAGCAGAGGUAUAACUGUCCGGCUACUCAUUUUCCCUGGCCCCCAACACCACUCAUUUACUUUCAUAUGAAGAGAACACAUUUUACCAUAAAGGACUAGUUAGUAUUUGGCAAGUUAACCUUUGUCUCUCAGCCAACUGCCAAACGCGGCAGCAGUGGCUAGCGAUGUGAUCGCUUGUGAGAUUAACUGAGCCUCAGCACACAUUUCACAGGGAACAGUCGUUGUCUUCACUAUUACCAGCAAUUAGUUAGUCAUUAGACUGUUCACUUCUAUCCUGCGUAGUCAUUCAGAGUCCCCACUGAUACAGAUGUACUACAAAAAGAUGACCACUCAUUUCACAGUAAUCAGGAUAUAAUUUCCUUUUUUAAAUAAAUGCUUUCUUCUUUGCUUUGUAUGUAUUAGUUCCCUCAGACAGUGGAAGUGUGCCCUACAUACGUAGCUUGCUUUACAGCACCUGUCACAGUAGUUUGGGUUUCCUGGAGUAUUUAACAUUACAGCCACUGGAUCAAGAAAACAAACUCAGGUAGCAGCACAGACUCCAUCUUUAAUUCUCUGUAAUUUAUAAAGACAAAGAUGGCAUUAGCAAGCCAAGCCUUUAAGCCGGAGCAUCUGCUCAGAUACAGAAAUAAAGACGAUUGGGGGGCUACUUCUUAUCCUAUUUGUUAUUAAUGCUUAAUCCAGUCAGAAUUAAUAACAAUACAUUUGUGCAACAGCAACUUCCAGAGUAAGGAACUCACCUAUGCAUAAAAGUAUAUUCUUUAUGAAGUUCUUCAUUAAAAACAAACAAACAAACAAAAAAACACAACAAAAAAUCACACCAGGGAAAAAACCCAAAACCAAAACACAAAAAUUCCCCAAAACAAA